AUGGAUCCCGCCCAGCACGCGAGGCGACGCCAUCAUUCUUCGCAGGAGCACGCAGCUCCCAGAGAAGUGGCCGGUAGCCAUGCAGAAUUGAACUCGGUUCAUCAGCAGGAACAACCCGAUGAGAAGCGCGAAGGUUUCGCCAGGAUCUACGGUUCACUGUCUCCAUGGAAGGCGGGUGUCAUCAGUAAGUGCGCAAUGCUUGCAACUGUCCUCAAAAAAAAUUGGGCUCAGUAUGGGCAUACAGGCAUGGGAUCUGCAAUCGGAACGGGCUUGAUGAUUGGCAGUGGACGGACUUUGGCAGUGGGCGGACCUACGGCAAUCAUGGUUUCAUACGCAUUGGUCGGGUUCACCGUUUAUCUUGUCCUUUCUGCCCUCGGUGAAGUCGCCGCGUGGAUACCACAACCAUCGACCGUAGCGGACCAGGCAUUUCGAUUUUGUGACCCAGCGCUCGGCUUCGCUCUCGGUUGGAUAUAUUGGAUGAAAUAUGCUGUCAUCACUGCGAAUCAGUUGACGGCUGCCACACUUGUGAUGGCCCUUUGGCUGAGUCCCCACGACAUCAAUCCUGGCAUAUGGAUCACCAUUUUUCUCGUCCUAAUCACGGCUAUCAACUAUAUCCGGCACACCCUGCCAAGCAAAAUCGAAUUUUACGUGUCAACAAUCAAACUCAUUGUGAUGAGCGGUCUGAUGAUCCUGUCUUUGGUGCUCGUGCUCGGGGUGCGACCCAACCAUCGCACUAUGGGCUUUCAAUAUCGAUUUCAACCAGGGGUCGCUGUGCGAUCCAAAGAUGGGAUCGGAGUCUUCUUCCGGACUUGUGGAGCUUUGUCGUCCGCCACCUUUGCGUACAUUGGCAGCGAACGAUCUGGUAUAUUGGCUCGCUCCCCGAAUGUUCCCCAGGCCAUGAAUCGGGCUAUCAAAUAUACCUUUUACCGCAUCGUUGUUUUUCACCUUGUCGGGAUCACUCUUCUGGGGUUGAUUCUGCCUUACCGCACCGUGAGCUCAUUUGUUUUCCGAAGCACUGCGGGGAAACUGGCCGCGUCUCCAUUCGUGGCCGCGUUGAUCGUCGCAGGAAUUGCUGUCCUUCCUCAUAUACUGAAUGGAUGCUUACUGCUUUUCGUCUUGUCGAUUGCAGCGUACGAUCUCUUCCUGGCUACCGCGGCACUGUCCGACCUGGCGCUUCGCAAGCGAGCUCCGAUGGUCUUGUCCCGAGUCAAUCGGAAUGGCGUGCCGGUCUACGCACUGGCUGUUUCGGUCAUGGUCGCUAGCUGGGCCUACGUCAAUGUUUCUAGUGAUUCAAGUGUCGUGUUCGGGUACCUGGUUGAUCUUGUCACGAUGCUCGGUCUUUUGACCUGGAUCUCGAUCCUCAUCACUCACAUCUGCUUUGUGCGUGCGCGGAAGGUACAGGGUAUCCCCGACCGCAUACUUGUGUUCCGGGCACGGUUUGGACUUGCAGGCACAUGGCUGGCCUUGGCGCUCUGCGUCUUUAUCUCGUCGACCAUGAUCUUCAAUUCGCUUCCGAUUCGUGAUCAUAAGAUUCACUUUGACGUGACCAAGUUCCUGGCCUCAUAUGUCGGGAUUCCUGUCUAUGUGACUCUGUAUCUCGGUCAUCGCAUUAUACUUCAGAGCAAGCAUAUUAACCCCAGGGACGCUGAUUUUUGGUCCGAUAGACAGAUUCCGACCACACCCGAAAAUGAACUACAGCCCCUCGCCUAA